AUGAUAAAUGAUUUUUUAGAUUUUUGCCAUAAAAAUGAUGGUCGUUAAAUUAACAAAUUAGUUUCUUCAAGAAAGAAAUGGAAGGAAGUUGAAGAUGAAUUAUUACUUAAAGGCAUAAGAAAAUAUGGAAAUCAAUGGAGUAAAAUAUAGGAAGAAGUACCAACUAAAGAUUCAAAACAAUGUUAAGCUAGAUGGAAGAUACUUAAAAAUGUAAUAUGUGCUUAAAGAUGUUUAAGAAAGAAGAAACUAUGGAUAGAUUGGAAGCUUUGGGUGAUUAGUCAGAGAUGGAAAAUCAAAAUCAUAAGAUAAAAAAGGUCAAGAUAUCAUAGAGNUGUCUUUAUGAAGGAGGCCUUUUUCUUUUCUCUCAAAUUUCUAUUCAACAGUACUCUAGGAAUGUAUAAGGGAUUUGGCACCUUCAUAUCUGUCCAUUAGUUAUUAUUAUAAUAAAAACUUAUAACUGUUGUUAUUCUAAUAUAAUAAUAAUGUUAUGUCAUUGGGUAUUAUUGA